AUGGCUACCGAAACUCUCACUAAACUCACUCGCGCCGAAGUCGAGAAGCACAACACUGAGCGGGACUGCUAUGUCACUCUCGACGACAAAGUCUACGACGUUACAAGCUUCCUGUUCGACCAUCCCGGCGGCCACAAGCUCAUCCUCGACUAUGCUGGCAAGGACAUCAAGGAGAUCCUGAAAGAUGGUGUCUCGCACACCCAUUCAGAUGCUGCAUACGAUAUCCUCGACGACUCUCUUGUCGGCUACCUCAAGCCUGAGCAAAACGGAGCUGCCAAUGGCGAGUACGUGCACCCGAGGACUGGCAUGUCCAAGGAAGAAGAUCUCAGCAAGGACACGGAUUACAACCAAGAUUAUAAAAAACACAAGUUUUUGGAUUUGAGCAAGCCUUUGUUUCCCCAGCUCUGGUACGGUAACUUCACCAAGAGGUUUUACCUUGACCAAGUCCAUCGUCCACGCCACUACAAGGGCGGCCAGUCUGCUCCCCUCUUUGGCAACUUCCUUGAGCCACUCACCAAAACCCCUUGGUGGGUGAUUCCUCUCCUAUGGCUCCCUUGCGAUUCAUAUGGCUCCUAUUUGGCCUUCCAAGGUUUUGAGAACCCCAUUAUCCCUGCCGCAUAUUGGGUCUUUGGCUUUUGCAUUUGGAGCCUUGUCGAAUACGGACUGCACAGAUUUUUGUUCCAUCUUGAUGACUACCUUCCUGAUAACAGAUACGGCAUCAUUGCGCACUUCUUGCUUCACGGCAUUCACCACUACCUGCCCAUGGAUAGGUACAGGCUUGUUAUGCCCCCAACCAUGUUCGUGCUGCUUGCUACUCCGUUUUGGUAUCUCGCCCACACCAUUUUUGCCUACAACUGGUAUGCUGCGACCGCUGUCUACUGUGGCGGUAUCUUUGGUUAUAUCUGCUAUGACCUGACUCAUUACUUCCUCCACCACGAGAAUUUGCCUCUCUGGUACAAGGAGCUCAAGAAGUACCACCUGGAGCACCAUUUCCUCGAGUACGAGCUUGGCUUUGGUGUCACCACCAAAUUCUGGGAUAACGUGUUUGGCACAGAGCUGAAGCCCAACGUUGUCAAGACUAAAUAA